AUGGUGUCCGUUUUUGAGCUUACCUGCAUCUACUCGGCCCUCAUCAUACAUAACGAAGAGGUGAUCAUCACGGCCCUGGCAAAUGCCAACAUUGAGAGCCUUAUCUGCAAUAUGGGUCCUGGUGGACCUGCCCCAGCAGCCAGGGCUACACCUGCUGGAGGACCUGCUGCUGCUCCAGCUGAGAAGAAAUUGAAAGCAAAGAAAGAAGAAUCUGAAGAGUCAGAUGAUAACAUGGGACUUGGUCUUUUUUUAUAA